GAUUGGAAGCUAGAUUCUGACAAAUGGUCUCUAUCAGCCUUAGCUAACAUGAUAAGACAGUCCGAAGUCAAAGACCAUGUACCCCAGUCAGGUCUGGUAGAUGAGUCCAGAGUUGAGGAUGUUUCCCCUCAACAGGAAGAACAGGAUACCUUAAAAUGCCCCAUCUGUAGCAGAGAAAACUGCGAUGAAGACCACGAGUCGACAUUCCUCUUCAAUGUAGACCAAUACAAAGACCACAGUAAUGACGAGCAUAUAAAGCUGACAGGAGAGCCCGUAGAAGGCCAGUCUUUCGCCAUCUUUAAAGAGAUAAAGCACUUCAAGCGACUCAGAACUGUUACGAUUAUUGGCUUCAAAUUGGAUGAAUGUAGCCUGUCACAUUUGUUCCAAUGUACUACCAUUCGGUCUCUAAAAUUGUCACAAUGCCAGCUGGCCCAAGUACCCCGUUCUCUUGCAAACUUAAAAGACUUAGAAAUUCUCGACCUCAGUCAUAAUCGGCUGGUAACAUUACCAUCUUGGCCUAUUCGCUUAAUGCCCUGUUUGAAGAGUCUCAAUGUAAGCCACAACAAGAUAACAGUCAUUGGGCGUGUUGUGAAAACACUGCGAGCUCUCAAUGCUUUGGACUUGUGUUACAAUGACAUCGAAGAGAUUCCGUUUGAAAUACUUGAAAUGGAAAGCUUGGAGGCUUUUUCGUGCAGUAACAACAAAAUACAAGUCCUACCCCCGCUAGACCCAGCGAAUGUGUCGCAGAACAUAGAGUUCGUUGAUCUGAGUAACAAUAAGAUUUGCGAAGGGCCUUCCAGCUUGCUGUUGAUAAGAACUUUAAAAACAUUGCUACUUGGUGGUAACCAGAUAACAACGCUUCCAUCAGAUUUGGAUUUAAAUAACCUUUCUCCCAUGCUACGUGUCAUCGAUCUUAGUGACAAUAGGUUAAAGGACAUACCCCUACCUCUUUGCUUUCUUCCUUCAUUGGAGGAGCUAGACCUCAAGCAAAACAAAAUCAACACAAUAAGUGCAAACGUGAGGAGUUGUAAGAGCCUUUCAGUUCUUGACGUGUCCCGUAACAGACUAAAUGAGAUCCCGUCUCACGUGACUGGACUUCCGAGUCUAGUUGAGAUUCAUGCCUCAAACAAUCAGAUCAAUUCUGUCAGCCCCUUGCAAAGAGAUGAGUCGUCAGUGCUUGAAGUGAUCGACUUAGCAUCAAACAGUCUAUUCUAUUUCCCAGAAGCUCUCAUUCAGAUGGAAAGAUUAAAGAAGGUCGACUUAAGUUACAAUGGAAUAAGACACAUCCCAGAGUCUAUCAUGGGUAUGCGUAAAGAUGUUAAGCUAUAUCUGCGCUAUAACCCCAUCAUUGAUCCCCCCUUACAGGUGUGUCAGGCAGGCCUGUCCGCUAUUCAAGCAUUCUACGAAGAUUUAACAACUGAGAGCAGUAUCACUCAAUGUCUUAAAACACUAUUCUUGGGGGCCUAUGAAGCAGGGAAAACCAGCCUUGUCAGAGCUCUUCAAAUGAACCGUUCAUCUCUGACUAAACCUGAGGAAAGAACACAUGGCAUAGACAUAGCAGAGUUACUUCUGUCAGCCCCAAACACCCCUGAUAUUACAUUGUCUGUGUGGGACUUUGCCGGCCAAGAAACAUACUACAUAACUCACCAAUUCUUCCUGAGCGCAAAGGCCCUCGUGCUUUUGAUUGUGGACCUUAAGAAAUAUGACUCGGUCAUCUUUGAUUCCACAUGUGGGAAAUGGUUGGAAAACAUGAUAGCUAAGGUGGGGAACCCAGUCGUCAUUCCUGUGGUCACUCAUAUCGAUAAGCUCUCGGGAGUAGAAGUAAGAGACAGGUGUGACGAUUUGGCUAGAAAGCUUGCAGAUCAAGAGAGAACGCGCAUUGAGGAUUUAAGGAGACAGCUGAAACGUAUCAAUGAAUCACAUUUGGGGCCAGAAGCAGUGGUACAAACUGUCAAAGACAGAAAGAAACAAAUUGAGUCUCUUCUUGAGAAAAUGCCAACAAUACACCCAAAGCCCGUGCCUGUCAGCUCAGCCGAGUCACUUGAAGGCACUCAGUAUUUGAAGCAAGUGAUUCUCAACUAUGCUGUGAAUAAAGAGUACUUUCCUGAGGUAGGUCGCCCCGUACCAAAAGCGUGGGCAGACACUGAAGCUUGUGUCGAGAGAAAAGGCAAAGAGCUCAGCUUUCCAUACAUGACUUGGGAUGAGUUCACGGCUUUACUAAAAGAGAAUGUCCCAAAUCUGCAGCCAGAGUCUCGAAUCAAAACUGUUGCGCAAUAUCUCCAUGAUACAGGCAAGAUCCUGUGGUAUUCAGAAAUAGAGUCGUUAAGAAAUCAUGUGUUUCUGAAGCCAUCUUCACUUGUAGAUAUCUUCAGGAAGGUCAUUCGGCAUGAUCUUGAAACAGUCAUCAAUUACAGUUCGGAUCCUUGCUACAGAGAGGCCGAAAUAUCGCAAGGGGAAUUUCAGAAGAUGAAGAAUGACUUAAUUGAGAAAGGAAUUCUACAUACCAAACUGCUCAGGUGUCUGUGGUCAGAUGUUGAAAAGAACUGUCGCUCGGGAACAUUCAACGCCAUUUUUCAGGUGUUGAUUGAACUGAUGCGACAGUUUGAUCUUUGUUAUGACAUUGAAGAGCAACAGGAAAGAGAACUGUUACCACGGGAACGGGUCUUAAGAAGCGAAGCGCUGCCCCAGAGUUCACAGAGACUCCUGUUACCGUGGCACAUAAAGGAUGACAUGGGGGACAUGGCUAAAGCCCAAUGGGAAUCAGGGGAGAGUCCCAUCAUUUCACUUCAAUAUCAGUUUCCAUCUUUCAUCCCUCCUGGUCUGUUUGCCCGCCUCACUGUGAGAGCACACCGCCCAAAACACAACCUACACUUCGUUUUGCAUUGGAAAACUGGCACCUUGUGUAAGCACAAAAGAUACAGGAUAAUGGUGCUUUUGAAGUAUGAAGCAGAAGGGCAGGCUGUUUCACUCAGUGCUAGACCAGAGAGUCCACAGCACGCUGCUGAUGUCACCGUGAACAAUCUAUGGGAGACGCUGAAACCCUUAAGCAUGGAGGUUGAAGACCUUCUGAAGCAGUGGCCAGGUGUCUGGUUUGACCGAUUGACUGUCUGCCCGAAGUGUCACCAGCCAUCAUUUCCUGGGAACUGGCUACAUCCCAGUUCCACACAGCCAGAAGAGAUCUGCUCCCUCUGCCACGAAAGGGUUUCUGUAGAAUUUCUAAUGCCCCCAACACCCCCGUCUUUGGAUAAUAUCCGCGUAUCCGACCGACAGCUUUUGCGCGUGGCUAAAAAGCUGGGAGCAGAGUGGGAAAGCCUCGCCAUCCACAUGGGGUUCACCCCAGCAGACGUGUACAAGUUCAAGUAUAACCAUCCCCACAACAUGGAGCAACAGAUCUUCACGAUGCUAACAACAUGGAGAAACAGGAAGGGGGGGAAUUCCACACGUCAGAACUUGCAACGUUACCUCCGAGAGGCUAAAGUUGACCAUGACACAAUAUCAUCUCUGGAUGAUUACGAAAUCCCUGAGAUUGUGCUAGGUUGAAGGAGCACUGACUCCAAUGGUACUUUGACAUCAAAUUAUCUGCUACAACAAAAAUGCGAAGAUAUACACCAAAAAAUCCUCCAUUUACUUGGCAUUGGUUAAACUUUGUUUAUAACAAUAUCUUUUGACAAAAGUCUCAUUGCUGGACAGAUUUAAAUGUAGUACUGCAUGGAUGACUAAUGUAUACGUAGUGACCUAUAUAUAUAUAUAUAGAGAGAGAGAAUCACUUUGCAGCUCAUUCAUUUGUUACUUGAAACUAUAUCUAAUGUAUGUAACAAUUACCAGCAACUUACAAACUUGAAAUGGGGCAAGUAUGUUUUAAGACAUACUUAUGGACCUCACCUUUGUGUAGACACCCUUUAAUAGGUUGGAAAGAACUUUGUAUGAUUUCAGCAUAUUUCAUUUCUUGACCAAUAUCACUGAAGUUGUACGUAUUGUAUAUACAUGACGUCAUAUGUUAAGAUGCAAAAGAAUAUGUGUGUUGCUGUAUAUAAGUGGGGUGUAAUGUACUAGUAGAAGAAACAGUAUGUGCAUCAUAACAUUGCAAACAAUAUUCUCAUCAAGUGCCAAUCUGUGUUAAGCGUCUGGUGUAUAUUGAAGAUGAUGAUAUUAAAGCAUUUGGUG